UAAUUUAAUCCUGCAGCCAAAUUUCAAUAAUGGUGUAACAAGGAAGUAGCAGUAGAUGAUAGAAUUGUUUAGAAACAGCUGGGAACAUUUGCAGCAGCUCUGUAGCCAACUUUGCUCCAAAGCCGCAAGAUUCACAGAAAAGAAGUCGCUUGCCAAAAGGAACCCAGAGGCUUGCAACCUCAUUCUGCACUCCAACCUCAGAGCCCAGGAAGCCAUGGCGAAGUCCAGGGGCCGGCUGUACCUUUGGAUGUGCUUGACUGCAGCGCUGGCAUUUUUUCUGGCGGGCUUUACAGUGGGCUGGUUUACUAAACCUGUCAAAAAAACAACUGCUUCAGCACGCUAUCAUCAAAGUACAAAAUGGAAACUGUUAUCAGAAAUGAAAGCCCAAAACAUUAAAGCAUUCCUUCGUUCUUUUACAAAACUUCCACAUCUGGCAGGAACAAAACAAAAUUUACUUCUUGCCAAGGAAAUCCAGAUGCAAUGGAAGAGAUUUGGACUGGAUUCAGCCAAUUUGGUUCAUUAUGAUGUUCUUCUUUCUUAUCCCAAUGAAACAAAUGCUAAUUAUAUAUCAAUUGUGGAUAAACGUGGAACUGAGAUUUUCAAAACAUCAUACCUUGAACCACCUCCAGAUGGAUAUGAGAACAUUACAAAUAUUGUGCCACCAUAUAGCGCUUUCUCACCCCAAGGCAUGCCAGAGGGAGAGCUUGUGUAUGUGAAUUAUGCUCGCACUGAAGAUUUUUUCAAACUAGAAAGAGAAAUGAGUAUCAACUGCACUGGGAAGAUUGUUAUUGCAAGAUAUGGGAAAAUCUUCAGAGGAAAUAAAGUUAAAAAUGCCAUGUUGGCAGGGGCCAUAGGAAUCAUCUUGUACUCAGAUCCAGCUGACUACUCUGCCCCUGAGGUACAGCCAUAUCCCAAAGGAUGGAACCUUCCUGGAACUGCAGUACAGAGAGGAAAUGUGUUGAAUUUGAAUGGUGCCGGUGACCCACUCACUCCAGGCUAUCCAGCCAAAGACUACACUUUCAGACUUAAUGUUGAAGAUGGAGUGGGAAUCCCCAAAAUACCCGUACAUCCUAUUGGAUAUGCUGAUGCAGAAAUAUUGCUACGCCACUUGGGUGGACCUGCCUCACCAGAUGAGAGCUGGAAGGGAGCUCUUAAUGUUGUUUACAAAAUUGGGCCUGGCUUUACAGGCAGUGACACUUCCAGGAAAGUUCGAAUGCAUGUUCACAAUACCAAUAAAAUUACAAGGAUUUACAAUGUGAUUGGAACAAUUAGAGGAUCUUUGGAACCUGAUAGGUAUGUUAUUCUGGGAGGUCACCGGGACUCCUGGGUAUUUGGAGGGAUUGACCCCACCACUGGAACUGCAGUACUGCAGGAAAUUGCUCAGAGCUUUGGAAAACUGCUACAGGCAGGCUGGAGACCUAGGAGAACUAUCAUUUUUGCCAGCUGGGAUGCUGAAGAAUUUGGGUUACUCGGUUCCACAGAAUGGGCUGAGGAGAAUGUGAAAAUACUCCAGGAGAGAACCAUUGCAUAUAUCAAUUCAGAUUCGUCUAUAGAAGGCAAUUACACAAUCCGAAUUGACUGUACACCUCUUCUUUACCAAUUGGUAUAUAAAUUGACAAAAGAGAUCUCUAGCCCUGAUGAUGGUUAUGAAAGUAAAUCACUGUAUGAAAGCUGGCUGGAAAAAGACCCGUCACCUGAGAAUAAAGAUCUUCCUAGAAUCAAUAAGCUUGGAUCUGGAAGUGAUUUUGAAGCUUAUUUUCAAAGACUUGGAAUUGCUUCAGGCAGAGCACGUUAUACUAAAAAUAGGAAAACAGAUAAAUAUAGCAACUACCCAAUGUACCACACGAUUUAUGAGACUUUUGAACUAGUGGAGAAUUUUUAUGAUCCUACAUUUAAAAAACAGCUUUCUGUGGCUCAAUUACGCGGAGCACUGGUUUAUGAACUUGCUGACUCGACAAUCAUUCCUUUCAAUAUUCAAGACUAUGCAAACUCUUUGAAAACUUACGCAGAAAGUAUCUUCAAUUUAUCCAAGAAACAUGGAGAACAACUGACAGCAAAUGGAGUAUCAUUUGAUCCUUUAUUUUCUGCUGUGAGAAACUUCUCAGAGGCUGCUUCAGAUUUCCAUAGAAGACUUCAGCAAGUUGACUUUGAUAAUCCCAUUGCAGUGAGAAUUGUGAAUGACCAAUUGAUGCUCCUGGAAAGAGCAUUCAUAGAUCCCCUUGGCUUACCAGGGAGGAGGUUCUACAGGCACAUCAUCUUUGCUCCAAGUAGCCACAACAAAUAUGAUGGAGAAUCAUUUCCUGGAAUUUAUGAUGCUAUGUUUGAUAUUGAAAAUAGAGCAGACCUCCAUCUGGCCUGGACAGAAGUAAAGAAGCAUAUUUCUAUUGCUGCUUUUACAAUUCAAGCAGCAGCAGGGACACUGAGCGAAGUGUUAUAGAAACAUCUUGGUCAAGCGGCUUACCAAUUAAAGG